GCCUUUGCUUGCUCUUGCUACUCUGCUACUGGCUGACUUGUUUUUCAACUUGCAAGAAAGAUACGAGGUUCGUUUGUUAAUACUAAAUAAAGACCAAUUUGGCUCGCUUAGCUAAAGUUCUAUGACUUGAGGCUUGAGAGGCUGAACUCAACUCAGUAGUGGCCAAAAGAAAAGAGACGGGCAAUCGUGGUGUGGUUCGAGGUUCGAGUGAGAAUAGUUUUAAUACGAGUUCCAGUUUUAGAUCAAUUUCCUGGUUCAAUUUUCAAUUAAAUUCCACAGUUUGUAUCUUAUAAAUUGUAGGGGUUUGUUUAUAUUAAUACGGAUUGUGUUGUGUAGGUUGAAAAAAAUAAAGUGUUUGUUUGAGUUGAACAAGUGUUGUUUUGGUGGAUAAUGACAAUCUAACAACCAGCCAAAAAAAAUGGCUUCAACUUCAAAUUUCGAGGCGAAAGUCCUCAUGUCCAAGGGCAGGAGGGCCACAGCGGCCUACAUCCAUGCCGACUGUGCAGCUGAUCGGAAUCCCCAACACCUGAAAGAAGUUUUGGAUAUCCUAUUGAAUCCAAUCAAACCUAUAGACUGGGAAACUAUAGAUUGGUGUAAAUGGCUUAUGGCUGGUGGACGAACUCCUGAUGAAUUUGCUGGAAUAGUCCGAGCUUAUGACAACGCAACAACCUGUGGCCUGGUGUGGACCCCGAAUUUCGUAGCCUAUAGAUGUCGCACCUGCGGUAUAUCGCCAUGCAUGUCCCUGUGUACAGAGUGUUUUAAAAAGGGCAACCACCAUAGACACGAUUUCAAUAUGUUCCUAUCUCAAGCUGGUGGAGCGUGCGAUUGUGGCGAUACAUCUGUUAUGAAAGAGACUGGAUUUUGUGAUCGUCACGGUCCCAACAAAGCAUCCAGUAAAGGCUCGGCUCCAACAGAUCUCAUGUGUGUAGCCGAGAAAAUGAUGGCUAGAAUCAUCUUGAGACUGAUCCAACAUCUAAGGGAAUUUAGUGUAGUGGAUAGUUCUCAAAUGGCAAUACAGGAAGCCGACUCGUAUAUAACAAUGUUGCUGGAUUUUAAUAACAUGGGAGGACUUAUGAGGAGAGUUAUGACGACGGCUUUAACUAAUCCAAAUAAAUAUAAAACUCUCAAUGAAACGCCUGCAACCAUAGACUCAGAAUAUGACCACUGUAUGGAGGUCAGUAAGCGAUUAUACCAAGAUGCUUUGGAAUCCCUACAAAAUCCUACAAUCAACAUCUGUGAAGAACUGAAAGAUUGCCCUUCGCUACAAAAAGAUCUAGUUCACAAAACAUUUCUAGAAGAACUAGUUUUUUGGACUGUAAAAUUUGAGUUUCCACAAAAAGUUGUUUGCCUCUUACUGAACAUGCUCCCAGAUCCAGACUACAAAGAGGCUUUGACUCGAGCAUUUGUACUCCACUACAGCCGGAUAAGUCUUAUGCUGGAAAGUAGCGCGGACCCAGAUACGCUCAGCAAUCGCGUCGUGCAUGUCAGUGUACAGCUAUUCAGCAACGAAAGUUUAGCAUUGAGAAUGACUGAGCAGAUGAACUUAUUGCAUGUUAUGGUGGUCAGUUUGAAGAGCAUGAUGGGGAGAAUAACAAUUAGAAGCACCCUUCAUCAUUCUGAGGACAACCACCAUUUUGUAGUGGAUUGUGCUAAGUCUGUUAUGAAGGAGCAUUGCUAUUGGCCCCUCGUGUCAGACUUGAACAACGUUUUAUCACACAGACCGGUAGCCUUGAAGUUUAUGACGGAUGAUAAUUUGUUGUAUAUGUGGUUUGCCUUUCUGUCUAUGUUUCAAGGAAUGAACGUGAACCAGAGGGAACUAAGCCAGCAUGUCGAAUUCGAACCGACUACAUACUAUGCUGCGUUUAGUGCCGAGCUAGAAGCGAGCGCUUAUCCAAUGUGGGCUCUGGUCACUCAUCUCACUGACGAAUCGACAGCGCACUUGACCAGACGCGUCUUGAACAGCUGCAUCAAAGAAUGGUAUGAUUGGUUGGCAACAACCAACUAUUUUGGCCCAAUUAAGGAAGAUAACAUGCAAGUGUCUUUCCACUUGCCACUACACAGAUAUUUGGCGGUUUUCCUGUGCCAGGGCGUAGCCAAGCAGGGUAUCAAGGUAGAAGAAAUUUUACCAUUCAGCGACACAUUGAUGACGUUGUUGAUAAUGCAUCCACUUCGAGUUCAGGUUGCUUUUUACGAAAUUCUUAACGGAUUAUGGGUGAGAAACGGUCUACAAAUCAAAGGCCAAGCAAUGACGUACAUUCAGUGCAACUUUUGCAACUCAAUGGUGGAUGCCGAUCUGUACCUUUUGCAAAUAUGCUGCACCAGAGUGAACACCGAACGGUUCCUUACCAUGGUCAUCGACCAGUUCCACAUUAAGGAAUUCAUGAGCUUGGUACCAUUCAGAAUCUACCAAAGUUCGUUUUUCGAGGGUGAGAACGACACGCCCAUGUUGGAAAGCUGUCUUACAUUCCUUGCGACAUUAGUCAGUGUAAGAACAAAUUUGGGCUUGCCCGAUACCGUACUGAACCGAUUGGAAAUGGUUACUUUACUCUGCAUGAGCGAUAAAACGCAUUCUCAAUUGAUGGAACUGAUGCCAGAAAGGUGUGGUACACAAAGUCGCGACUUUGAAGCUCUCCUAGCAGAAUGCGCCGAUUACAGAGCGCCUUCUUUGGAAGCUAGCGGUAACAUGCAACAAGGGAUGUACGUGCCCAAAGCUAGCGUUUGGGAGCAUCAUUUCGAUCCGAUCCACGUUUUACUACGAGCAGUCCACCGGAGAGAUUUCCAAAAUGCCAUAGACAGAUACACGGAAUACUGUAGGCAAACCAACAAACUGAAACCAGGAGUGAAUCCGUGGCCACCAUUUAGAACGCCGGCCAAAGUAGGACAUAAUUACAUUGACCCUAGGCAUAUAUUGACUUGGAACGUUUUUCCUGCAAUGGCUUUUGUUGUUUUGUACAAAGCUGUUAAGGGAAUGGUAUCUGAACACGUGAUGGCUCUUAUGGUUUACCUAUUGGAGCAAUCUGUCAAUAUUACUAAUGAUUUUAAAAAAGCGUACUCAAAAUUAGGCGUACCACAGUCCAAUAAACCCCAACAAGUCAUUGACGGAGACUUGGCCAAUUGGUAUGAAACAGGCUACGUCUUUGACAAUUUCAGAAAAGUUAUUCCCAAAGUGAUCUUUCCUACUACAGUACCUGACAUAGCGCCUACGCCUAUUAUUUUUAGUUCCGAUAGUAUGAGUGAUGCAGAAGACGAGUCUGAUUCUGAUGACGUUGUCAUGUCAACGGACGGAAGAGAAGAGAAUGUUAGGCCCAAACUGAUGUUGGAACAGAAACAACGAUCUGCAGAGGAAAUUUCUAGUGAGAAUGGCAUGCUGAUGCUUUAUACUGGUUCAUCUGGAUCAGUCGAAGAACCCAGAAGUAUACCAGAAUCACCUGUAGAAAUAAUAUCUCCUUCACUAGCCAUCCUUCCUUCUCCGGACUUUGUAGCCGAGCCUAUGGAAGUCGAUGAUAGGACAGUAGCAAUACCUGGCGAUAAGACAAUGUCUAGACAAGAUGCAGAUUCCCCAGAACAAGCCGCUUUACCUCCGCCCGUUAAUUAUCCGGCUUUAUUGGCUGGAAAUGAAAUCGCAAAAAAAUCAAGUCCAAGAACACGACCAUUGAAUCUGCUUCCUCUACCAGACAAGCUUGAACGUCUAGCAUUGCCAUCUACUUCACGCGGUUAUAGAAGAAGAAAUAAAGCGAGAAAACCACCAAAGAACUAUCCAGAAGACCAACCAUCUGUAACCCUUGACGAAAGCAUACUCUCCUUAUUGUUAAAGCUACAUUCGAAACUUUCUGGAAUUCCUGACAGUUUUGAUCCAGACGAUGAAGAAAUUGAUUAUUUUGUUGGCGGCGAUGAUACGGUUCCUUGUGGAGAUGGUCCAUUCUAUGUGGGAAAACUGCUCAAAAAAAUCGCCAUCUCAGAUUCUGGAUGUCACAGUUACAUACAGGAGAGCAGGCGUCAAUUGUGGCCUUCGGCCGAGGAGAAUGAAAAAGCAAAGAGAAUGCGCGAAAAUAAGGAAAGAGAAGACCGGAGACGUAGGGCGAAAGAUAGACAGGAUAAGUUGAUGGCGGAAUUUGCAAAAAAGCAAAACGACUUUUGGAAACGCGAAAAGGAACGGAUGGAAACUGAUGAAAAUUCUGAUAGUAGUAUGGAUGAAAGUGAGAUACCGAUUAGUAAAGAGGAAUACGAUUGUGUUAUUUGUAAUACUAGUUCUCCUAGUACGGAAGACAAACCAAUGGGUCUGGUGGUUUUGAUACAAGCUACUAGUGUUAUAGGUCAUAGGCGAAGAUAUGGACAGCCAGAAAGAUCGACUUUGCCCACUUGUGAUGAUGAACGGGAACAGUGUAGGAAAGAUGACACUUUGUCAGCAGAAUUCGAUAGAAGAGUUGAGGAGUUGGAUAGGCAUUUUGCUCCUACAUCUUGGUUCCUAUCAGUGAACACUGGCUGGGACGGUGGCGUACAUGUACAAACCUGCGGUCAUCAUCUACAUUUAGAUUGCUUAAAUUCGUACUUGACAUCGUUGCGGUCGCAACAGAGACAACAAACUUUGUCUCCAGAAAAGGGCGAAUACUUGUGCCCCCUUUGUAGGCAAUUAGCGAAUUCCGUGUUACCUUUAUCGCCACAAUACGGCGAUAAAUCCCAAAUGGUUCGAGCGAAGCCUAACGAUUCCAUGUUACAUAUUUUGGAGGAAAUUAGCGACUUUUUAAAUGACAACGAUCAGAAACCAAGUUCGUCUAGUAUGGCAGAAGCCAUAGGUAAAGUGAUGGAAGAUAUGACGAAUAGUACGCAAUUGAAAGCGUUAUUUAGGCCAAAAAGCGAAAAACCGAUACCUCAAAGUUUGAUCCUGUUUGUUAACUCGAUAGCACGAACCAAUUUGGAAGUGGAGCUCGUGCAACGGGGCGGGUCUUUGGUUUCUCCUACCAGCGAUGCGCCCAAUCCUUUACUGCCAAAAAGAGAUUGUAUAGUUCCUUUACUCCACGUCCUGGCUGUCCAUGCACGCGUCGCACGCAGUAUAGCCAGCUGGCCCGCCUGGAUGUCUUUCAUUCAACUGUGUGGCCUGCCAGCCAAAGAACAAGUCUCAUUGAUACCGAUGGAACGAGAAGUACCUCUUUUACUUAAGGAUCCUAUAGCGUUACUAUUGCAAUUUGUUUUAUUGUUGCCUUUACAUUUAGAUCAAACUUAUUUUACGACUACCGUCAAAAUGGUUUACAAUCUUCUCUAUUACCAAGUGGUAGCGCAAAUAUCAUGUGGUCUAACCAGUGCGGAAAGGAACAGAGCCGCCAAAGAAGCUAGUAGUUGGGCGAUCAGUAAUAUUUGUGACUCUCUGGGGCUGAUCGACGAAUGUUUAGGUCAUACAGACUUAUAUAUGGACGAUGAAGAUGAUGGCAGCGAAUCUGUCUCUUCAUCUGAGGAAGAUCCGAGGGAAAAAUUAAAUGUUGUUGCCUUGGAACAACAGAUCCAAAAGUUGUGCCUGCCUUUUCUCAGAAUAGCGUCCCUACUGAAAUUUCACAUUUACCAACAACCCCUUCCAGAUAUUAGGAAGCCACAGAACGAGUACGUUCGAUUGGUCUACUAUUUGGAACUAGUUACAGAGUCUAUGGACUGGGACUGUUUCAAUGCUAGCGUGGCGCUCAAUUGGCCACAAGGCACAGAUAUAUUCAGAUCUUUGCCCCAAUCUUGGUGCGUAGAGUUUGCCUCAUUCGUCACAAAGAGUCAAAUAGCGGCCCGCUCGUUCUUAGUCGACCAACCAAUAGUUUGGCAUCCGCCAAGAUUACUAGCCCUGCCUAGAGAAUACGAAAAAAUAUUCACUUACUACCACGAAAGACCUUGUAACCAAUGCCAUUCAGUCGCGACAGAAACCAGUAUAUGUCUGUUGUGCGGUACCAUAGUGUGUCUGAAACAAAAUUGUUGCAAACAGCAAAAUGUAUGCGAGGCGGUGGCGCACGCCCAAGAAUGCGGAGCUGGAACCGGAGUGUUUCUUGUCGUCACUUCGACCUACAUCAUAGUUAUAAGGGGGCACAGAGCUUGUCUUUGGGGCUCCCUGUACCUAGAUGACUUUGAGGAGGAGGACAGAGACUUAAAACGUGGCAAACCUCUCUACCUAAGCCAGGACCGAUUCCAACUGUUGGAACAACAAUGGCUUGCCCACCGUUUCGACCACACGAAAAAGACUUGGGUCCAGCACCGCAACGCCCUCUAGAACACCAAAUAACCUUAUAGAUUACUUCCAUCUGACGGUUCCGUUUAUAUCGUUGUUUGGAAGAAUAACCGUUUGACAGAAUCUUAUUAAUUUUUAAUUUGACUGUGAUAAGACGAGACGGAGAGAGGGAAAUAUAAUUAAUAAAACAAUACUUUCUUUUUUAUAUUUUUGCUAUACAUAGGUACUUUAUUUAGUUUGUUAGUGAUACUGUUUAUUUAUAUGGUUUUGCUCCAGAAAGGAAUACAAGUUUUUUGGAAUAUGACGGCUUUGUUCCAAUAACAGAGGAAAUUGUUGUCUACAACAGACAAUUACUGAACAUGGUAGGUGACAAUCAUUUAUAAUGGCAUUCGCAUUUCCUUCAAUAUCACAAAAAAACUGAAUAUUAUUAUUGUUACUUUGAAGAUAGUGGACCGCUCAGCCUUUAUUAAAGAAAUUUCUCUCUUGUUGGAACAAAUCUAAUAACAUUUUCAGCAAAUCUAAUUUCUGGUUCUUGUCGGAUCGCACGUUUAUUAUUGAGGAGUUUGAAGUUCUAACAAAACCGAAAAUAGUUUAUUUAGAUUUUAUUAAUUAAAUUUUUCGUUCUUUGUAUUUAAUCUUCAGUUAAUAAAAAUUAUUAUGGGUAGGUAUUAGAAACGCUUAAAUGAAAAAAGUGGUUCUCUGAUAAUUUAAAUUGGAUUAUAGUUUACAUACAAGUUUUUUUUUUCUUCCUGAAAACAGGGUAACCCUAUGAAGGCAUUCUUCAAUAGUUGUUGGAAGAAUAUUUAAAAGUUAAGCCAAACUGUUCACUUUCUACUAUAACAUAGAUAGGUUUUUCUUUUUUUUUUUUGUUUGUUUAUUCUAGUCCCAUUUUGUUUAAGUCCCAAAGUUAGGGCCUGUAUGAUGGUAUAUUUUGUUUGCUUAGCUUUUUUUUCACAAUUCCUUUUCUUGUCAGAAUCGUUUGAAAAAAUAUAUUUUUCUGUAGUUUGUAAAUAAAUAUUUGAUGGUAUGUAUUUGAAAUAUGGUUCAGUUUAUUUUGUGAUAAUCUUUAUUUUAUUUAAAAUUUAGUUCUAAUUUUAUAUUUACCACUUUAUAGCAGAAACAAUGCUUAAUUUUCACUUGCAUUUGUUUUUAUAGAACAGCAUUUGAAAUAAAUAAAAAAUUUAAAAUACAAAAUUACAGAAAAAAAAAUCUUUAGGUUAAAAACGUUUGGUCUUGAAAAUUAAAAUAAGGUUGGGUGUAUUAACAAAGACAAAAUCACACCUAAUGUAUAUGAUAAACGAUUAAUUAUUAGUAUUUAACGUCCAGGUUGUUUAAAAUUUAAAAAAAAAAAAUAAUAAUAAUAAUAAGAUUGUAAUUAAAAUUUUGUAGACAGAGUUACACUUAUGUUAAAAAUACAGGAUUUUGAAAAUUUAUUGUUUUUUUUUUUUUUUUUUUCAAUUUGCAUAUUUAGAGUGGAAGCCGACAAGUCUGAAGGCACUGAAGAACUAUUUGGCUACCCAUGCGAUGGCUGCAAGACGAUUUCAUGCAAAAAAUGGGAUGCGACUGAGGUAAGGUUCAUCCAAAAGGUAUCAAGAAAAAUUACUUACUUCCGCUCGGAGUCAGUGCCAUCUUUAUGCAUGCGCCAGCUGCCUCUAUCAUAGGGGGCCCCGUCGUUAAUUUUUUUAA